AUGGCUCUAACACCACCUUUCAAAGGUCGCAAAAUCCGAGAUCGAAUUGCCAAACUACAGGAACGGGUUAUCGCGAGUGAACUCAGAGCAGCGGCGAGCCUAAACGGUUGGGGUUAUCACCAUCCUACGGCACCGUUGGGAGGAGUCCCGACAUCAGCGUAUGAUGUCGACAGAAAGGUUUUAUCGCCUGCUGCCGAGAUUAUGCCUGCGAUGAGUGGUCCUUAUCUGCCUGGUUCGACGGGUACCUACUAUCCUUACAGCACUCUGAGUCCAGCAUCUACCCUACCACCGCAGCCCUCACCAACCUUUCCGCAGUACGAGGCCACUGCGAAAGAAGCCGAUCCAUCGAGCUCAUUAUCGCCGUCUGUCCUCACAAACAGUAGUGUAUGUUCUCCAGACGCUGGCUCCUUAAAUCUGGACAUGGCAACGAAUGCCUCGAAUAACUACGUCCCACCGGACAUGAAUGGCCAACUCCAGACUGAUCCGUGGAAUAUCUAUACUCAGAACUCUCAAUCGAGCUUCUAUUAUUUGACCACUGAGGCAUCACUGCCACAGAUCUUGCAGAUGCUAGACAAUGGAAAUAUGAAGCCAAAGGCAGUUAUUCUGCUUCAACCAAGUUCCCCUCUAGCAGGAGUUCCACCGCCGCCUACAUCUCAACCUCCCUCGCCAGUGGAGCAAGUACCAGCCACCAGCUCGUUCACCAUGCAAGGCCUGACAUGUCAUUGUCAGAAUCGAAACUUCCUAUCUGAGUCUCCCGUCAACUGGAUACAUCCGACUGCCUCCACAAGUAUUUGUCCUUUACAUUCUUCGUCAAUACUGGAUAGCUAUCAACAGAAGCUGCAAUGA